AUGGGAGAGUCUUUUAAAUCCCCGCCCACACCCUUUGCGGAUGUUCCCCACCCUGAGGGUGUCUUUCAGGGACUUGCGACCGGAACAGAGGUACGCGGUUCUGAUGGACAUCGUACCCGUGGACAACAAGAGGUACAGGUACGCUUACCACCGGAGCUCCUGGUUGGUGGCCGGCAAAGCGGAUCCUCCAGCACCUUCAAGGUUGUACCUCCACCCGGAUUCUCCAUUCACUGGAGAACAGCUGAUGAAGCAGGUCGUCACCUUCGAGAAAGUCAAACUAACCAAUAACGAGCUGGAUAAGCACGGACACCUUAUCCUCAACUCCAUGCACAAGUACCAGCCGCGGAUACACUUGGUGAAGAGACCGGAAGGUGGCGCCACCGCCCCCAUCACCGACCUCGAGCAGGAACAGUACAAGACUUUCGUCUUCCCCGAGGCCAUCUUCACAGCAGUCACCGCCUACCAGAAUCAGUUGAUAACCAAGCUGAAGAUAGACAGCAAUCCGUUCGCCAAAGGGUUUAGAGACUCGUCCAGGCUAACGGAGUUCGAGAGUUAUUCCAGGGAGACGAUGGAGUCUAUGCUGGGAGAGCAGCAACUGCUGCGCGGGCAACUGCUCGACGGGAGCAGCCUCAGCCCGGAGGAGAGGGCCAUCCUGGCGGCCAGGUCCCAGCUGUUCCUCCGGACCGUGGCGGUCCCCUACGGCCUCUACGGGGCGGCCGGCGGCAGUACUGGCGGCCCGCUCUGGCCGCCGUGGCCCUUCCUCCGCCCCUGCCCCCCCCUCAGGUUCAGCCCCUACCACCUACCCAGGAGUCCCAGCCCAGACCAGGACGAGGAG